CAUCAGUUUGUGUCUGAUGGGGCUCCUGCUGCCCUCUGGAAGGCCGCACAAGCCCCACGAAGCGACGAUUAUCUGUGAUCGGAUCGACUCCGACGAGGGAGGGCUGUUUCCGGGCUCUGCGGACAUUCCAGCGCCAUUGGAGGACACACCAUGGUAAGGGAAGCCGUCUUAUGGCGCAGAUCUGUCUCAUUCUGUGUUGUCAUCCAUCUGUUCUCUCAGGCGUUCGUUGAUGGGCGAGUGACGUAGCUCUCAGCACCAAAACAGAGGGCCGCUGAGCACCUGACCAGGUCAGUGAAGGACGGCAGAGAGCAACAAUGGACCAUUGCACUCUGUUUGUCUGUGUUUCGGUCUUCGCAGCUGUGGUCAAAUGGAGUCGGCGGCCAGCACAGCCGAGGCCACAGACGGCCACCCCUCGCCCCAAGCAGUGCUGACCAAGGCGAGAGACCUCUGCGAUGGCAUCCACACCAAAGAGGCCUACGACCAGACCGUCCUUCAGCGUGGUUCUGAGGCUCUGAGGCCCGACAUCGCGUCUGUCACGACCAACAUCUGCCAUCUCAUAGCCUCGGCGAGUGAUGCUCAUCUCAGGGCUGACGCCAUACAGCAGCUCGCUCGGCUUCUGCACAUUCUCCAAGUGGCUGUCACCAUGGGGCAGACAGCUGUGGACGAGCACAUCAAUGGCAUCCCCGAGAGAGCCAUAGCUGCGGGUGUGGUGCCUGUCUUGGUGGAGGAGCUGAGCGGAUGCGAGGAGGUGCAGCUUCAGGCAGCCACGGCCCUUAGGAUACUGGCGUUCCAUCAUGCGGCAGUGGUGGCCAGUGCGGGGGCCGUUCCGCCCCUGGUGCAGCUCGUGCCAUCACCCAAUGAACGUGUGUGUGGAGAGGCGAUUCUGGCGCUGUGCUUCAUCACACACGAUUCGGCCACCCGUCGCGAUGCCGUGCUGGCCGCCGGUGUCCUGCAGCCCCUGCUGACAGUGAUGCAUGAGAGUGAUAGCGCCGAUGCGCUCGCCUGCGGUGCCCACCUGGUGCACAGUAUGUCGCGUAUCCGGCCUCUGUCGGUCCCCCUGGCCGAGUUUGCCCGGUUCGUACCGGUGCUGGCCAGCCUCGUUGGGGACUUCGUUGGUGAGUUUGAGCAGCAUGAAGACGACCGUGUGCUGAUGUCGUCACGAGCAGCCUUGGCGGAAUUCGCGGGGUUGUGUGUCGGGGGCGAAGGUCAGUGAGGGUGCAUUGAUCGCUCAUUCAUGGCUCACUGUGUCGUACUGCCCCAGGUGACGAUGCUGCUCGUGACGCGUUGGUCCAGUGUGGCGCCGUGGCCCCGAUCAAGACCCUCCUGCAGAGUGCCGAUACAGUUGAAAUGAAGGGCACCGCGUGCAUGAUAGUGUACUUCGUGACUGCAGGUGAAGGAGAGUACCAUCACACACACACACACCAUCUCUCACGUCACGCGUAGCGUGCCUUCUGGUCCAUGGAUGCAGGUAGCACUGCUCACCGGCAGGCGAUCAUCGAUGGCGGGCUGGUGCCUGUGCUCGUCGACGUGGCGGCCAGCGAGGUCACCGGCGGGCAAGUGCAUGCCGGUCUGAAGCAGAUGGCGGGGAAGGCCAUCAUGAACAUUGUAGCCGAUGGAUCGCAGCAACAGGUGUGAAUCAACGUAUGUGUGCUCAUUCAUUCACUCAUUGGACCGUGUUUUUCGUCCAUUUUUUUAUGCAGAUGGAGCAGGUGGCUGAGUGCGGGGGCAUUUUCAGCGUCCCUGCGGCAUGCUCGAGGCCGACAAUCACGAUUUGCUCGUAAAGAUGACGCUCGUAGUGCUGCAAAAGAUACUCAUGUAAGUCCGCACCCAUGCCAUCGUGUGUUGCCCAUGUGUCUUGCCCAUGUCUGCUGCGUGUGUGCAGUGCGGGUGAGGAGAAGCAGGCCAACGAGGGCCUCCCCGACAACCCCUACCAACAACUAGUACACCAGGUUAGUGGACAAGAGAGGAGCAGAAAGCACCAGAACCCGACACACACGGCUUUCUUGCUCUACAUUCCGUGCAGGCCGGCGGUGUGGACAAGAUAGUGACGCUGCAGGCGCACGAUGAUGCUCAAAUUGCCCUGCAGGUGCCUGCCUGCACCCCAAGGGCCAGAACACACAUCAUGUCUUAUCUUAUGUUCAGGCUGUGGUAGUCCUCGCGCACUAUUUCCCGGCUCACGCCGACGCGCAGGUGCUGCUGGCGGCCGCGACUCUGGCGGCCUUUUACGGCAGCAUCCGCAAUUGAGGCGACAGACGACAGCAACGGUAGCAGUAGCGAUUGAGAGGGUGAUCGGCAGGAGGGCGGAGGGAUAGACAGAUCACUCCAUGUGGAUGGAUGGAUGGAUAGAUGUGUGUGUGCAUGACAAUGCCUCGUGUGUGUAGCCAGCUGGCCAGACGGAGGCAGUGGGAGACACGCUGCAUGACCGACCUGCCGUGUGUGUGUACAGACAGACUUUUCCCCUCCACUCACGUGAGCGACAACAGCAACGGCAGCAAUAGGGGGAGAGAUAGGCAGAUCACGCCAUGUGGAGGGAGAGAUGGGUGUUUUCAUGGAUAUACCCCGUGUGUUAGCUAGCCAGAGGGAGGGAGGGACACGCGUGGCUGACCGCAUGACCUGCUGCGUGAGUGUACAGACACAUUCUUUCUCCCCACUGGCAGUAUGCCGCAUCUUCAACCAUG